CUGAACUCGACAGCGCUUUUGAAAGGUAUUUGACAAUGUCUGUCACCAAUCUGCUAUCGUAAAUGUCUUGCCUUGUUCGAUCAUGGUGACACAAUCCUUGGAGGCUCGUGACGUCGAGCUGCUCUUUGAAAUGCAAAAUGACGAACUCAGGCGAAUCCGAAGAUCCUCGGGAAAAAUACCAUGCUAUGUCCUGUGGCGUCGUGCUAGAUUGGCUCAAGCAAGUCUGCCAUCCUCGCAAGCUUCUGCAUUUGUAUUAGAUCCAAUACAAAUUGCAAGGAGACGACCGCGUUCGCGCAACCCAUGCGCAUGUGUUGGGUGUGAAGAGACGUAACAGGGGAAGGUUCCCGGCGACGUACCUCGCAGGUGACGAACGCUAGUUUGCCUCGGCCAGAUCUAGAGUCGCCUGCUCGAUCUUAGCGAUUUAUGUCAACACCAGGCAUUAGGACCGGGUAAGCGCCCGACCAGAACGUUCCUCAAAUGGACAGGCUGGAAGGUAAUAUUUUAUUCAAAAUUAAUAUUCGAGCAGAUAUUCGAUAUUGGGUGAGAAAGUAUUGACCCCCGGGCUGCAUCACUAUCAGUCCUGAAAAAAAUCUGACGGGAUAGCAUACCCUCCGGCUUCUCAUAUGCUCGGCGGAGCAGACUGGAGGCAAAGUCUUUCCACUUUGUAGCACAACCGGGCUGCGGGGCACUGCGGAUAGGCGGCGUAUUUAAUGAGUAGAUUGGAGUUCCUGCCAUCCGGAAACUGGGACGAGGAAGAAGCCAAUAAAUAUGGGCCGUAAGGAGGGGGACUUCGUGCGGCGUUGAUCUGAUGCAGUUCCGAAUAUGGAUUGAUGACGAACGGAACUGUCGAGCAAUCACCCAUUUAGAGCUGCUCGCCCGUUGGCUUGGGUCCCCUUUGAGUCCUUCGCGGAGGAGGCAUAUGCGGGACUUGUCUUCUGUCUUGUUAAAUCUUCCUCUUCUUCUUCUUACGGCCACGUUCUCUCGCAUUCAUCACGCACUCGCUCGUUCUUUCCCGGUUCUUCUGCGCGGACAAAUCACGCUUCUCAAGGAUUGUCCGAGCUUUUUAUCCCCCUACUCUCUCUCCUUCAUUUUUUCACCCUCC